AUGGCCGCAGAUGAACGGACGCCCCUUCUCAAAUCCGGUGCUGGGGCCGUGAAGCGGGUCGGUCGCGGCCUGUGGUCUCCCGCCAACCGGAUCCUGUUUGCCGGAUUCCUUGUAUCGCUCACUCUCGGUCUCACCCAAGUCCCAAUUAUCUAUGUCUUCCGUGUGAUGGCAUGCGAGCAUUUCUAUAGCACCCAUCCCCCCUUUGACGGCCCCGCAUCGGAGCAAUGUCAACGCCGUGAGAUCGACGCCAACACGGCAACACAGGUAUCGAUUCUCGGCAUGACCACCUCUGUGUGCGGCAUUCUCAACCUCUUCAUCUGCGGCGAUCUUAUUAAGCGAUGGGGCACCCGCUGGGCGCUCAUCAGUCAGACUGGCCUGCUCGGCAUCCGCGUCUCGUGCCAGAUUCUCGCCGUAUCGGCCGGCGGAAAGAGGGGAAUUGAUCUCAUGCAGUACACCCAGUUGAUCGGUAUCCUGGGUGGGCCGCGGGGCUACAUGCUUGUCCUUAACACCGCUGUCGCCGAGGUGGUUGAAAGAAGAAAGCAUACAGGUGUCUUUGGCAGACUUCAGGGUGCGGUCAUGAUUGGUACUGCCAUUGGCUAUUUGCUUGGUGGAAUUAUUGGUGACAUCUGGGGCAUCGUCAGUCCCUUUAUUUCAGCUGUCGGGUGCUUCGCGGUCGCCACGACCUAUGGCGCGAUCUUCUGGCCUUCGCCUCCUGAAAAUAGUGACGAAGCAGCUGGAAAGACGACAUCGGGGGCGUCCGGAUUCUUGGCCCCGAUCAAGGUUUUGUUGCCUCAGAAGUACCGUCUGGAGUCUGGCAAAGUGAUUAAGAACUACGGUUUGGUUUUCCUUGCAUUGGGUAUCUUCUUUGGUGUGUUCGCUACAGGAUAUGCCCCUAUUCUGAUCCAGAUGUAUGCAACUUCUCGCUUCAACUUUGGAACCACUGAAAACGGUAUUCUCAUGUCCGGAAACGCAUGGAUCCGUGGUGUAUUCCUCAUGUUCAUCUUCCCUGAGAUCAUCGAUAGCGGACGAAGGUGGUUUGCCUCGUUCACUCACGCUGGACCUCUCAACAAGACUCUCACCGAAGAGGAACGAAACUUGAUCCCGACUCACCCUGAAGACAUGGACCCGGCGCCUGGUCUGAUGAAUCAGGCAGAGCCGACAAAGGUUCCUCCAGAAGAGGAGGACGAGGACAGCACUUUUGAUCUGUUCUUCUUACGUUGGAGUCUAGUAGUUGAUGGCGUCGUUACUUCUCUUGCAGCCUGGGCGACUGAAGGCUGGCACGUCUAUCUUGCUGCCUUCCUGUUGCCAUUUGCAUCGGGCUCAGCCCCGGCCGCCAAGGGUGUUAUUACUGAGAUGUGCCCGCCUCAUCAGCGUCAAGACGCUCUAAGUGCCAUCACCCUUGUCGAAAGUGCUGCUACCCUGACGACGCAAGGCAUCUUCGGCUUCAUAUUUGCCAGUCUUUCAGAGAUUGGAAAGCCUAAUUUGACAUUCUUCUGCAAUGCCGUGAGUAUCACUGCCUCAGGCUCCCUGCAUGUUAUUGACUUGGCCUAG